AUGAGCCACCCGAGUCUUGUCCGUCACUGGAGGCCUUCGGGAGCAUUCUUGAUAGCCUCAUACGACAUCCAAAGGGGCCAGGAAUCAGCCCAGGAGGGGUACCAAGUGUCUCAAAGGGGCAUGCGGGACUGCAUCGUCAGUAGUAGCUUCAGCAGUGGGAGUGGUGACAGUGACAGCGUUGACAAGGCGCGGUGGGAGGGAGGAAGAGGUGAUGGCGGCGUCGGCCCAGGUCUUAUCCAUUACGGGCUCCCGAUCACUUUGGAAGAACGACAAGCCCGCAAGCAUUGCCAACAACACUGA